CGCUUACCAGAUUUGAUUAGUAUGGGACAGAAACAAGGCAUGAUUUCCGUCCAGGCAGGGUUGUCUGUAGCAAAAACUUCAAUGGCUGCCCACAUGAAUGAGAAUCAGGACCAGCCGAGCCCUAUCUCAGUUUUAGAAGCUCCAUUUGAUGAGGAAGAGAACACAAUUCAAGUGUCCUCUGGCAGUUUUAAAUCUCUACGCCGAGGUUUGGAGGUGCCACUUAAGUGUAACUUGAUUGACAAGUCACCGCCUAUCGAAUCAAUUGCUCACAUCCUCUCAUGGGGUGGUUCUUGUUCAGAGACAGCCACAAAACUCUCUACGGUUUCCCCCGGUGCCAAGGAAGAAGAGGAUUGGGUUUUCUCAGUCCAAUCACUAUUAUCAGCCAGCAGUCUUAACGGAGAGGUGCGAGCCAAGUCGUUUAGAUGGCAUUCACCUGAAAGCCCGUUGGACCCAUCCUUGUGAGACAAAUAUGCCGACUUGAA